AAGUCUGUCACCUAUCAAAUAGGUCGAAUCACAGCCGUCCGAUGUGAAUUUGAAUUUUGAGGCGAUUGGUGUCCACAAACCACCAAGACGAGUGAUCGACGCGCGAGAAUCUGCAGAACGUCUGUUAGCGUGAAAAUGGCAUCCUGGUAAUUUUGAGAUGGUCCCAGCAACAAAAGCCUGGCUUCGCUCCUUCCUGCCACUCUCUCCGUCUCAACUCCUCCCUCCUCCUCGCGAAGAAGCUAAAGAGAAGAGAAGCGAAGAGGGGAGAGGAGUCGGAUGGGAAACGUGGAGACGAUGCGAACCUCGUCAUCGCGCCGGGAGAUGGGGUCGGAAAACCGCCCCAACACCAUCGGUUGCAUGUCCGGCAUCUUCCACCUCCUUUCCCGUCACCACAACCGCUCCCGUAAACGCCUCACCUCCGCGAACAGGAAGGAGAAGCCCGCCGUCGCACCUCCAUCGAGACCAAAGCUGCCACCUCCGCGGCCGAUCGACGACGAGGAAGGGAAGAAGACGGAGCCCCAGCGGUGCUCCUGCGAGACGCCGCGGAGCCCGACAAUCCCUCAGGAGAUACGGCGGCGGCCGGCCGCAGCCGUCGCCGCCGCAUCCCCCGAUAGUCCCCGUCGACCUUCGGCACUGGUGGCGAGGCUGAUGGGGCUGGAGGACUCGCCGGCUCCGCCGGUGGCAGCGGCGGCGGACAAGCGGCGGGAGCUGCUGCGGGCGCUGGAGAAGUGUGACGAGGACCUCCAGGCCCUGAGGCGGAUCAUCGAGGCGGUGCGCUCGGCGGAGAUCAAGGCCAAGGUGGUCCCGUCGGCAGGCGGACCAGCGGGGCGGCUCGAGUGGGACGGCGGAGAUCCCAAGAACCAAUGCAACGGCGAGCAACCGAGUCCCGUUUCGGUUCUCGACGCCGUAUCGUCUCCUCGGAAUCGGUCGAACGGAUCCCCGAACGAGAAACAAGAAAUCACGACCGCUGGAUUGAGGAUGGCGAAGCCGCCGCCGCCGCGCUUAGGCGAGGAGAGAUGUAAUGCUGCCCAAAUCUGUUCUUUCUACGGUCGGAUCUCGAUGGAAGCGAUGCCGCGGGUGGUGGAGCCGAAGGGACGGGCGAUCGUGGAGGACUUGGGACCGGCGUUGCUGACAGAGAGCGUCCGACAGCAAUGGCGAGGGCGGAGGAGGCGGAGGAGCGCGAGCCGGGCGAUGGGGGAGAGCGUGGAGGAGGUGUGGGAGGACGGGGUGUGGGAGGAGAGGUGGGAGGCGGGGAGAGUAGGGGUGUGGGUGGAGGCUGACAUCACGUGGGACUUGGUGGAGGAGCUUGUCGUGGAGCUGUUUGGGUGGUGUCUCAAGUUGUCGCCUCCGCCGGGGACCUGCAGGAAGAGGUUGUGCUUCUAG